AUGACCACCAUUUAUGUUUAUACGGAAGAAACAAUUAUGAUAGAUAUUCCGACGGAUGAUAAAGAUGGUGAUAUUGUUCGAUGUCAUAUGGACGAUGGAUUUUUAUGUGAACAGUGUACUUUGCAUUAUCCGUGUCGAUUGGUAUAUCAUGCUUCAUACUAUAAUCAGUCUGAAACAAUUAAUAUCAUUAUAGAAGACUUUGAACCUUUUUCACAUCUGCCAUUGUCAUUCGUUACUUUGCAACUGAAAAUUAAAGUUGUUGAUAGUGGUCAUAGUCAACCACCAUUAUAUGUAGGUGAUCGACCAGAUAAUAGUUGUAUUGCUGCACAACCGAAUACUGUUGUUCGUGAAAGAUUUGUUUUUGAAGUCGGUCGUCCAGAUUUAAAUUUAAUUGAUAUUUCAAUAAAUCCACCAUUAUUUGGUUUAAUUAAACAUGAAAUUACACGAUCGCGGGAUCAAAUCUAUUUCAUGUUUAUUGAAUGGAGACCAACAGUCAUUGGCACUUACCAUAUCUGCAUAACUGGAACUGAUUCAUUUUCACAAACAAGCCAUCCUGCAUGUCUUACCGUUCAAGUUGAUGACACUGAUAUUGAAACCCCAGAAUACAUACAAUCAACACAACAACCGAACAAUACAACCAGUAUCUCACAAUAUCAACAAGUUUGGACAAUACAAAUCACAAAGCCGAUUUACCGACCAGUAGCGACAAAACGUCCAACUUUUAUACGAUUUAUUAAUAGAAAUACAGAACAAUCUGUUUACGAUAUAGAUAUUGAAACCAGUUCCGAUGUUUUCUAUCAAAAUCAAACUCUCAUCUUCUAUACAAAUUAUAUAUUUAUUCCCAGUUCAUUAUAUUACAUAACGUUUGACAGUGGCGUGUUGGAAGGUAAUCGUACAAGUUGUGCUGAAUCAAAACCACAUUUAGAUUAUACAUUUUGGUCUUUCUUUGUUGACCUGUCUUGCACUCGCCAAUGUAGACAUGGUAUUGCUGAUUGUCGAACAUCAACAUGUCGGUGUAUCGAUGAUAAUCGUUUCACCGGAGUUGACUGUGAACAAUGUCGACCACCCUACUAUGGAAAAUUUUGUCAGAAAAUACCAUAUGUAUUUUCAAUCGAUCCAUCAACAGUUUCAGAGCUUGAAACCAAUCAAACAUGGAAUUUGACAAUUAAUGGUGAUAAUUUUAAUUUAACGUCUCCGUCACAUUUAUCAUGUAGAAUCGGUGAUAAGACUGUUAUACCAUUGUCAAUAAGCAAUACGCAAGUAGUAUGUUCAGUAAAUCAUACAAGAUCAGCUGCACUAUACACUGUUUAUCUCCUUACCGAUAAUGGAAAAAUAAUAGAAAGUGUUGGAUCUAUACGUUUACACGUUAUAGCCGACUGUCCUGAUUACGGUUGUGUUCAAGGUCAAGGUCGAUGUGCUUUUGGUUCAUGUUUGUGCGUAUAUCCUUAUACUGGAGCAAACUGUAGCAUAGCACCAGUACCUCCAAUGCUUAAAUCAUUCCCAAAUCUAACUUUAGCGGAGCAAAUAUCAUUCAGUUUAAAUCUAACAGACUAUUUGAUUCAGGGCGAAAAACCAUUAAAAUGGUUGCUGGAGAGUAAACUCCGGAGCCACAUAAAUUUAGCAUCAGAUUCUACUAUACUCAUAUGGCCAGCACCAGUUCCGAGUUCUGAAAGGUACAAGGUCACGGUUAUUGUGGAGCAAACAUCAACAGGAACAAGAGCAUUACAAAUGUUUUAUAUUCACGUGCCAUUCACGUACAAUAUUUCAGUUAAAUUCAUCGACGAAAUUGCAAAUUCCAUUCUCGUUCAACCAUUUCCACGUCUACGUAUUGUUGGACAAGUUCAACCAUUUGAUAACAGUUAUAAUUUAACAACACCACAAAUUAGUGUAUGGAUUGUAGUGAACAAUAACAGCAACAUGCGUCGUUAUUUACCAUCAAUGAAUUUAUUGAACUCAACACAUUUUGAAACUCAUUAUACUCCAUUGAGUAUGGAAUUUGGAGUAUUAUCACUAGGCGGUUCACAUCUAAUGUUGAAAGGAAUAGAUGACAAUUUGGUUCAAGAUAGUCUCAUACUGUUUGGUAUCAAAAUUAUCCCUUACAAUAAUUCUGUUUUAAAUCUAACCAGUGAGAUCAUACACAAUUUUCAAACAGUUGCACACUUAAUCAAUCCCACGCCAAUAGAUAUUCAAAACUUAACCGUACAUCUGGCACAACCAUCAAAUGAUUUAUUCAGUUAUGAAUUAAUAUUAAAUUGCACCAAAAAUAAUCAUACCAUUAGCUAUACUAAUUUUGAAUUAGUUGGUAAUACAAGUAAAAUUUUGUCGAAUGAUCAAUGUGGAAUUAGUUUAAGUAUAUUAUUUCACGAGCCGUACAGCGGUUUAAUAGAAUUUUAUUUUGGUUCAACAACAAACAUGACCAUUCAAACAUCUUUAAACUUACAGGUUAAAGUAAGAUCAUCGGAAGUAAAAUUGAAUAUAGAACCGAAUUUGAUUGAACGUAAAGUAAAACGUGGAAGUUUUUCGUAUGCUGAAGCACAUGUUUUUAAUCGUGGUUCACAAACAUCACCAAUAAUCGAAAUUCAAGUACCACAAAAUCAAACAUACAUUCAACCAUUGUCACGUCGUCUUCCACCAAUAGCUUCUGAUGAUUGUGCUAUACUAACAUUUUCAAUUAAUAUGCCUAAUAAUACAACACUAGGAACUGAAAUUAGAAUUACAUGUGUAGUUGUAGAUACGUCUAGAAACAUUACUGCAUCAGUUACAUUUCGUCUAACAGUCGUUAGUGAAGCAAAAAUCAAUGUGACAUUUUUAAUUGAAAAUCAAUUGUCUCAUUCCUUACUAAAUAAUCAUCCUUAUGUAAGCAACGCAACUAUUCGAGUCGCCAAUCCAAACCUUAAAGUUGAUCAUAAGUUGAUAAGUAAUGAACAUGGACAAACAUCGUCGAUUCAACUCGAAGCCGAUACUUACAUGAUAUCCGUAGAGGCAAUGAAACACAAAUCAUUCUCAAUUUUUUAUACAUUAUUAGCAACUGAGUUAGGACAGAAAAUUGUAAUAAGUUUACAAAAAGAAAUCGUAUCAUAUGAAUUGAUAGCAAAACCAUUUAGUAACGAUGAAUUAGAUAUUGAUUUAGAAGCUAUAUUUGAUAAAACUUUACCAAUACCAAUCCUAACAUUAUCACCAAAUUUAUUUAAAUUGGAUCAAUUAGAAUCUGAAAUGAAUAUGAAUAAAGUUGACUUAAUAUUAACCAAUAAUGGUGCCAUACAAACUGAUAAUGUAAAAAUAGAAUUCCCAUCAAAUCAUCCGUUUUUAAAAUUUAAAAUUUUACAGGAACCUAUUAGUAGUAUACCACCGAAUUCGUCGAUUAUUAUCACUAUGACGAUUGAACGUUCAACAAUAGCAUCUGUUCUACGUAAUAGAACUUGUACAUUAAAAUCAAAAUUAACAUGGGAAUAUACAACCGGUAAACGACAACUACAAGAGCAGGCACCUUUGCCGCUAUUUAACGGUAAAGACUGCGCUCCUUUGAUCCCUGUGGAUGAAACACCAAGCAUGUCUGAAUGGCAAAUACAUCGGGAGAUUAAAUCGUGUGCUGGCCCAUUGAGAUGUUCAAAUGGCAUAUAUCAAUGUAUACGUGGUUUUGUAAAAGGACAACUUGGCUGCGCGGUUGCAGCGACAGAUGAGCAAGCACAACGUUACGGUUACGAUAAAGCAAAUCGUCGUCUAGCAUCCAUAGCAAUGAUGUCAUCCUCCGACUAUAAGUCGCUAAUUAUUUCUCUUGGAUUAUUAUGUAAUACUACGGCAAGUUCAGGAGAUGAAAUACCAACAAUUGCCACUAGUCAAUGGAAUCCGCAUCUGUGUACAAGCAAUAUUGACAAAUUUUGUUUGAAUAAAAUAAAUCGAAGAAGUGUUUCACCAACUGUAACUGUUGCAAACGAUUUACAGUCUAUCCUACAGGCCAUUAAUAAUUAUCGGCAAAUCUAUACUGUGUUGUUUGGCUCAGAAUUAUGGGCAUAUGUACAAGACAGCAACUGGUUUCGAACGUUUGCUCAAGCAAUUUCAUCGAAUGAAUCACUCAGUGACAAAGAAUAUAAAAUACUGACGAUGGUUUUACCAUAUGGAAUAAAUUUAACAUCAACACAAGAAUUUUUAUCUCAUUAUAAUCAAACAUUACAUGAUUGGUUAACAACAAAUAAAUCUAUUAAAUUAUCUAACCAUUUGAGACAACUUCAAGAAGAUUUUCACUUUAUACAAAACAAAAGUUAUAACGACUUUUUUCAAGCAUUUUACGCUAUAUAUGAAAAUUUUCAAAAAUCAAGUGAACAACAACAUAAUUCAAAUCCACUCUGUACUAAAAUAGGAAUACAAUUACAACAACAGGUGGUAGUAACCAGUCAAGGAUUUAAUGCGAGCUUAAAAAUGUCUAAUUUAGGUAAUGCAUCCAUUACGAAUAUUCGAUUCUGUUUAUGGAUUGAAGAUGGUCUAAAUAAACAUGAUGAUCGUACAUCGUUAUUUAAUAUUAGUCAACCACAAUUCGCUGGUUCGUUGACGUCAAUUUCGGGUAACGACCACAUAUCACCACAACUUGAUGGUUCUGUUACGUGGUGGAUUAUUCCAAAUGUUACUGCAGCUCAAAUCGUGCAAAAAACAUAUCGUCUUGGUGGUAAUUUAUCGUAUGGCAUUGAGGAUGAAAUUAUUGAAUUAACAAUCUAUUCUGAAAUCAUUACAAUAUUACCUGAAGCAGAAUUGCAUAUUGCUUACUUUUUGCAAAAGAAUGUUGUUGCUAAUGAAGAAGCAAUUCUAGCGAUGCUAAUUUCAAAUAGCGGUUACGAUCAAGUGAAAAACUUUCAUCUAAACAGUGGUCAUUUAAAGCUUAUUAAUAAUGAACAUGGUCUCGAAGUUCCAUUUGAAUGGACAUCAAUGAAAAUCGAUCAGGAAAUAGUAUCAUCACCAACAUUUUCUUUUAAUUUAACUAGUGUGAAAUCAAUGACAACAACACUUGUAGAAUGGUCAUUGACAACUCCAGUACACGGAGAGUUUAUUAGUUUUGAUGCUACCUAUACAGAACAAAAUUUGAUUGGACAAAGACAAUUCUCGAUAAUAAAAUCAUUAAGAAGUCAUAUGUUAAUACAUCGAGUUUCAUUGGAUAUUCUCGACUCACAGCUCGUCGAUAAUCAACUAGAUUUUCUGGUAAAUGAUCAAUUAAAUAAUGACAAUAUACCUGAUAAUGUUUAUUCAUCAACAAAUGCAACAUUAUUCUUUCCGGUCUAUCAUGUUCAUAAUGUAACGACGAAUAUUUUCUCAGAAAAUUCAAACAUCAAACUAAUCGUUCAGUCUAAUGCUGAUGGACUGGUGCCUGUUAAUGCAUAUAUAUAUCUUCGUUUGAAUUAUACUAACUAUACCAAUUACAAGGUACUUAAUGGGUCAAAGCAUGUACAAAACGGCAAAAAUAUUUCAAUUGUUAUGAAUACUUGGAUGACAGACGGUUAUCUCCAUGUGUUCGAUCGUCUCUCAUCAGCUACUACACAGACAUACGAAAUCAUACUUGAAACAAGAAUAAAAUCUACAACAACGGUAAAAACUAGUACAACAAGAACUCCGAUUGGGACGAAUACAACAAAAGCACUAACAAACACAACUUCAACUUCUAACAUCACAACGACAGAUACAACAAGACCGUCUACUUUGUCUUCAUCGGCUCUAUCAAUAAUCAACUCAACUUCGCAUUCCGGUUCAUCAUCAAUAACGACAACAAAGCAAAUCUCUGUAAACCGUACUGUAACAAUCGCACCAUCAUCAACAGCGACAGUUUUAGGUAUCAGUUCUUCUCUGCCAGUAGUUGUUAUCAAUGAUACAAAAGCUUCUACAACAGAGAUGAUGAGGUCAACGACAACGUUACCAAUGGUAUUUCGACCAAUUCUAAAUUAUUUUAUUGAAUUUUUGUUUACUUUGAUCAUUGAUUUGACAAAAUGGUUUAUGAAUAAUUUAUUGAUGAUUGAACAACAGCUUUUAAAAGAUUUUCACUAUGCUGUUUUGGAAUCAUCAGUAUAUUUAGGUUCUUUAUCAGCUAUCAUACAUCUGUUCAAUACAGAGUAUCGAACAUCGGAUGAUGUGUUGGAAGAUUUAAAACAACAAUCCUCUAUGAAUAAUUCUAAAUUAAAACAAGGACAAUUGACGUCAUCAGUGACAAAUGAAUCGAUACGAAAUAUUCAAAUAUGGUAUCAAUGUUUUGAUACAGGAAAAAUUCAAGCCACGAAAUGUAAUCAUUCAAUAAAAAAUAAACAUUCAACAAUGUUAUCAUUAGUAAUCUUCAUUAGCAUGCAAUUUUAUUAUUGGAUAUAA